GGCCUAUCUUUCUUUCAACUUUAUCAAACCACCCAACAUUUAUCUUCAAUUCCACAGCAACGUCAAUCAAUCCCCCUUCAUAAUUAUGCCAGGGAACAAAUUGGUAUAACUUCUAUUGACUAGGAUCAUCUAAUUCAGAAAUCGCAAUCAUGACGAGCUCUUCGAGCGCCCGAAAAGCUAAUGGCGUCUUGCCCGUUUCUUUGGCGGUUAAUGACACACCGAAAGCGACCAAGGCUAAAGAACCUCUGAAGGGCAAGAAAGUUCUCAUUCGUCGCCUCCCACCUGGAAUGACUGAGACUGAGUUUUGGAAUAUCCUGGGAGAGCAAUGGAAGGAUGGAAAUGGGAAAGUAGAUUGGACCAGAUUUCAAGAUGGUCAUAUUUCCCAAGACCCGUCGAACCCGUCGCUUCCUGCGCGCUGUUAUCUCCAUGUCAUACGAACCGAAGACGUUUCCAUUCUAGCCGAAACCGUCCAAGCAUUGACUUGGGAGGACGAGAAGCGAACUUCCAACGACCCAGCUCUCGUGGGCCCUCCGUACCUCGAUAUUGCUAUCUACCAAAAGAUCCCCACUACCAAGCGACGAAUAGACUCUAAACAAGGCACUAUCGACCAGGACCCCGACUUCAUGGCCUUCCUCGAUAGCCUUACGCAGGAAUUGACAGUGAAAGAGGCCGACGCGGACCAGGUGGCGGAGGACGCUAGCAAGGCAGAUACCAGAGUCACUACGACACCUCUGGUCGAAUAUCUCAAAGAGAAGAAGGCCAAUAAGGGAAAAGAGGCUUCUAGUUCGAAGACUGGUAAGCAUGGUCGACACGAGUCUCAGGUUGCGAAGCCGAAAGGAAGUCAGGAAGAUUCCAAGAAGAAGGGGAAGGAAUCCAAGGCCGAGAAAGUCGAAAAGGUCACCGAGAAGGACGAGAAGAAGGCCAAGGAGCCCGUGAAGCUUCUAACUAAGAAAUCAACUACUCAGGAUACAACCGAGCCAGCAAAGUCUAGCACUACGCAGGCGGCCACGAGCAAGGCAGUUGAAGAGGCCGCGCCAAAGAGUCGACGGGCUAAUAUUGCUGCGGCAGCAAAGAUUCUACAACGUGACCUUGGCCUCAGCCCGGGAAGUGCGCAUAGGAGAGCACGCCAGGAUGCCGCUAAGGCAGAAGCCGCAUCCAAGACCGAUACUAGCAAGGAGAAGGAUAGUAAGGACACGACAUCGACACCCCCGACGGCACCAAGCCAACCCAGUUCAUCGGCGCCCUUAUCUGCUCCAACUGCCCCGAAAGCACAGGUGGCAGAGGGAUCCCGUCGGUCCAGGGGUGGAAAGGCUACAAAACAGGACACGUCCAAGGGAAAAGGGACUGAGAGUGCUAGCAGUACAGCGAAGUCAACCCCGAUUAUCACACCAACUAUCUUGAAGAGAAAGGAAGAACCUCCUCCGACAGGUCCGUCUUCAACUACGCCUGUCGCUACAACUUCGACUGCCACACCUCCCACAGGUCCGAAGGGUGCUGCUGGUAAAAGUCAGCCACCCAGUAAACCAACUUCGCAAAAGAAAGGGUCUGGCCAACCAUCUGUUACUGCUGGGGCGACUCGUGCUUUCGUAAAGCAUGCAAACCCCUCGCAAGGUGUUACAGAACCGCUACUUAAGCAGGCUAUGGAGACCUUUGGUACUGUCACAUUUGUUGAAAUUGACAAACGCAAGGGUUUUGCUUAUGUUGACUUUGGAGAUCAUGAGGCGUUGGUAAAAGCUAUUUCAGCGAGUCCCGUACCUGUUGCAGAAGGCACUGUACAGGUGCUAGAACGAAAGGAAACGAAGAAAUCGACACAACCUCCGACACAACCGGCGAGCGAUAAAGCAAGUAGUGAGGCUCCGCCGGAUCGUCCUAAGCGGGGUGGUCGUGGUCGAGGCCGUCGAGGAGGCGGUGGUGGAGCUAGCACAGCUAACACGAGUGUAGCUGGCGAAGCAUCUGGAUCUUCUGCACCACCUCCCACUACACCUGCCGACUCCGGUGCUGCAACUGACGCAGGCUGAAGGCAUACUGCACCCUGAUUCUUGCCUCACUUGCACUAUUAAUGCUUUUAUUCGCGCGUUUAUGAUGCAUGGAUUUAUUACGGAAAUUAGGAAAUCGCGCUAUCCCUGAGCUCUUACUCCUAAUAGGUAUUUGCCAUUGGUAGAGUAUUGUACAGCGGGUGAGGACGAAACUAUUUCCAGCGAAGCUCCGGAUGCAGCAAGCUAUAAGCGACAGCAGCCAACGUCCCACACCGUUGGGCUACGUCGGCUAAGAGCCCAGUCCCAUAUGGUUUUGGGUUACACACAAUAGCGAGUUUGUGUACAGGCUUUGCCAUUCCAAGGUGGCCAUGAAGCUGCUACUUUAGCAUGUUUAGAAUUAGCCCUGAAUUACUAAAGAAUAUAGUAAAACUGCGUUACUAUUCUGGUUUAUUGUUUAUGCGUUUACUUAGAUUGACGAGAUGUAAAGUAUGGCUUGCAAAAGCUAACUUAGGCAAUUGGUAGAUUUUAUGGGGCUUUAUUUAUUAAAUAUGAGCUACC